AUGGAUUCAAACCUCCAACUACAUACAAUUGGCCACGGUGCUUGCGGUACAGUCUGGGCAUCCGAAACUGGUCCCGCCUACAAAAGAGAAGAUGGCAGCCCAUCGCGGUCCCUUCAAAACGACUUCGAAAUGCAUCGCCGCGUCAUCCGAAGCCACCAAACACUCGCAACCCUAAAAGAGAUCAAAAUCCAAAUUCCCACUUGUCACAACUUCAUCAAAGCAGUCGACAAGGAACGGUGUCUCAGCGUAUCCCACCAUUUGGAGAACCUACUAGACAGGUUCUUUAUUCAAGGUUUCUGCUCAAAUGAGAUCAAGCCAUCAAUCCUCAACAGCAAACCUGAUGGAGACUGCCUAGUUCGGCUUUACCUAGGCAGACGGCGAACACAAAUGCGUACAUCAGAAGCCUUGCCGCGGUUGAAAGUGUUCUCCUUGCGAAAUUACCCACUACAUGAAGACCAAAUGGAACAGCUGGGAAUCUCAACCAAUGAUAUGCAUCAAUACGCUCAAAGCAUGGCAGAAGCACUUGCUAUGAUGCACUGGGUUGCGGGCAUAGAUGGAAACGACGUGGAAUUUGUUCUCGCCCCCUCAAUGGCGAUGGCAAUGGAUUCUCUAACAAUACUCUUGGAGAUCAUAGCAUUUGGAUGCUAG